ACCGCAUUCGUCCCAAUUCAUCCGCCAAUAAUAAACACGUGGAGAUUGGGACCACCAUUAAAAAAAAUUUCUUGAAUUCUCCCCGGUUUGUUUGCUUGGCCUUUCCAACCCCUUUGCAGAGAAUUCACGAUAAAACGGUGACCGCGAUCACUUACGGCCCCUCAUCGGAUCAGAUCAAAAGAGGAAAAAAAGAGUAAGAAAAGGUGAAGGAAGGAAAGAGAAGAAAAGGACAAGAAGGUUCCAUACAUGAACGAGCGGGAGAGCCAAAAGGCUCGCGAUGAGCGCCUAUUGAGGCUCUUCAACAACCUGGACACACGCAGCGAAGGUCAUUUGGACCUAGAGGGGUUGAGGCGGGGUCUCAAGAGAAUUAACCAUCGUGAGUUUAAUCACCUACUUCCUUUUAACCACCCCGCUUAAACACCCUUGAAUGGGAGCCCCCACAGUAUAAACGAUCCAUUUUCUGAAUCAUUGUCGGCCUGUGACAGCUCUGAAGGACGCGGAACAUCUAUUGCACGAUAUCCUGGAAGCAGUCGAUACAUCCAAGGAUGGCCUUAUUCAGUAUUCAGAAUUCAAGCACUUUUUUGAGAGUGCUGACCGGGAGCUAUGGCGCAUCUUCACUUCCGUCGACCUGGAUAAGAACGGAAAAAUUGAUAAAGCGGAACUCCGAAUCGCGCUUACCCGUGCUGGAUUAGUGGUGGAUACGAAACGGCUGCAGGAGUUCUUUGAUUCAAUGGACAGAAAUAAUGACGGUGUGAUAUGUUAUGAGGAAUGGAGGUACGAUCGCGGGAAACUAGCAACCCUGCUUACUUUUUCGCGGCAAUUGGUAUGUCCCGGGUAGUGCUGACGAGUUCAAGAGAUUUCCUCAUGUUCAUGCCCCAUGAGGCCUCCUUAAAAACAAUUUACUCCUACUAUCUUUCCACCGUGAACGUUAACCCAGAAGGUGACGUGAGUCUUAGUGAUGAGAUAAAUCACUUAGGACUAGGUAAAACCGGUUUCAAUUCUUCCGAUCUUACUCUCAAUAUAUCAGGUUACCCCAUUACAGCCCCCGCAUGCUGGCCCGGUUUGUAGGUGCCUUCGGAAGGAAUGUGCUAAUGUCAAUGUUUGGCUAGGCUACUUUCUUGCAGGCGGUAUUGCGGGUGCAAUUUCGAGAACUGCCACGGCGCCAUUCGAUCGUAUAAAGGUUUACUUGAUUGCGCAGACUGGCAAUUCAGCGGCGAAGAAAGCGAUUGAGGCUGUGACGCAAGGUGAAGCCGUCCAGGCUGCAAAAAAAGCUGCAGGGCCCAUCAAGGAUUCCAUCCGGGCCUUGUGGAGAGCGGGCGGGGUCAGGUCCUUCUUUGCGGGUGGGGACAACACAACCCUGAGAUUCGGUGGGGGGCUUUCUAACGUGGACAGGUAACGGAUUGAAUGUUGUAAAGAUCCUACCCGAGUCUGCGAUUAAGUUUGGCUCAUUUGAGGUAGGCUAUGCGCCUCUACAUGAUCCACCAGACGCUUCCCUAACAUGAACAAGGCUGCGAAACGAGCAUUCAGUAGGCUCGAGGGAACCAGUGAUGCAUCAAAUAUAUCGCCAAUUUCCAGAUUCUUGGCCGGAGGUAUUGGUGGUGUUGUCUCUCAGUAUGCCAGCAUUAUCUCGAAGCUGAAAUAUCAACCCUAACCGAUGGUCUAGAUUUUCCAUAUAUCCUAUUGACACUCUGAAAUUCCGAAUGCAAUGUGAACUGGUUGAAAAUGGAUCCACCGGGAAUAGGCUUAUUCUCGAGACGUUCCGAAAGACCUGGACUAACGGCGGCCCUCAUGCAUUUUACAAAGGCCUUCCACUAGCUUUAAUCGGGAUAUUCCCUUACUCGGCCAUUGAUCUGGGUACAUUCGAGUAUAUGAAGAGGUCAUACACAGCACGGAAAGCUAAAAGGUUAAAGUGCGACGAAAAGGACGUGGAAGUGCCGAAUUGGAUAGUUCUCGGAAUCGGUGCUACUAGUGGUAGUGUGGGGGCUACCGCGGUAUAUCCCAUCAACGUAUUAAGGACAAGACUGCAAGCGCAGGGGACAGCGCAACACCCGCAGACAUACACCGGUAUGUGGGACGUUACGGUAAAGACGUACCGCGCGGAGGGUUUCAGGGGGAUGUUCAGGGGUCUCACCCCGAAUUUGCUGAAAGUCGUACCUGCAGUUUCAAUCGUAAGGUUUCCAUUUUCCAUAUUAACCGUACUUCGGGUACUGCCAUCUCAUUACUAACACGUCUUCAGUCGUACCUUGUGUACGAAAACUCCAAAAAGACCAUGGGUUUGGGAUAGAGAUUCGCGAUACAUAGAUGUUUGCGAUCCCCUUCACAGUGCACACACUAUAGACAAGUUACAGCCUGAUGAUUAAUUUUUUUUUCCCAUUUCAUAAAUCCCCUCUUCAUUUCCCUCCAUUGGCCUAGGGUUCUCAAGGUAAAAGGUGUUUUUAUUUCAAUGCAUACUAGUAUAAUUUC